AUGUCGCGUCCUGAGGAUGAUCUCGCCGCAGACAUCCACUACGACGAUGUCGAAGCCCGCAAAUACACAACAUCCUCCCGUAUCCAGAACAUCCAGGCGUCCAUGACACAUCGAGCGCUCGAGCUCCUCGACCUAUCCCACCCCUCUUUUAUCCUCGACAUUGGUUGCGGUAGCGGUCUCUCCGGCGAGAUCCUCUCCUCCGAAGAGGGCGGGUCACACGUCUGGGUCGGCAUGGACGUUAGUCCCAGCAUGCUGGACAUUGCCCUCCAGAGGGAUGUGGAGGGUGACCUGAUGCUGGCCGACAUUGGGCAGGGCGUACCCUUCCGGGCCGGUACCUUUGACGCGGCGAUUAGUAUCUCUGCCAUUCAAUGGCUUUGCAGCGCCGUCGACAGCGAGUCGAGUCCCGCGGGGCGACUGACCCGUUUCUUCAACGGCCUGUACGCGAGCCUGAAGAGGGGCGGCCGGGCGGUGUGCCAGUUCUACCCCAAGAACGACCAGCAGAAGAAGAUGAUCACCGAGGCGGCAGUCAAGGCUGGUUUUGGCGCCGGUCUGCUCGAGGACGACCCCGACACCAAGAACCACAAGCUCUACCUUGUGCUGACGGUCGGUGGUACGCAGGGCAGCGACAUCACCAAGGUGGUAGACGGCAUGGACGGCGUGGAUGUCAUGGAUGCGCGCAAGAAGAUCAAGGCGGAGAACGGCACUGUGAAGAAGGGCAGCAAGGCGUGGAUCGUGAAGAAAAAGGAACAGAUGGAGAGAAAAGGAAAGGUGGUCAAGUCUACGUCCAAGUACACUGGUCGCAAGCGAAAGCAUCUGUUCUAG